GCGUCUCGCGUCAUCAGUGACAGCCCCGAACCUUGCUACGCUUCGCGUCGCUCGGCCAGGGGCAGUCGCUUCCUCCGUGGCAAAUAGUCCUCGGCGACGUCUAGAUUCUUGGAUAAUAGCAGAAGAGAGGCGCAAAAGGUUGCAGUUAGAGGGUGCGGAAUCGAUAAGGAGAGGAGGAUAGGAACCCGAAGUUUAUGCAAUAGUGUGUGAAGUUAGUUAAAACUCCGUCCCUCCUAAGGAUCCCUCCGCCUGCGGUAGCGGUGGUGAGGCGAGGGAGCCGCCAUUUUGGAUGUUCGGUUCCUGCUGCCACUGCUGCCGCCGCCCCCGGAGCUGCUGGUUUCAUUCGAGGUUUCGGGCCGAUGAGAAAACUGAAGCUCUGAGAGGUUAAGUCAUUUACUCAAGGACUCACAGCUACUAAGUGGUGGAGCUGGGAUUCAAAUCCAGGAGUAUGUACUUGAAAGACUUAAGAACUUCGAUUUAUCCUUUCAUUUUUGACUUGCCAUUCAAAACAUUCCUUCAAAAUAUGAAACCAUAAUCUCCAAGACUGAUUAAUGGAAGAAAACUUGAGGAUGCCAGCCCCCAUCAGAUUGCGGGAGCUGAUCCGGACCAUCCGGACAGCCCGAACCCAAGCCGAAGAACGAGAAAUGAUCCAGAAAGAAUGUGCUGCAAUCCGGUCAUCUUUUAGAGAAGAAGAUAAUACAUACCGUUGUCGGAAUGUGGCAAAAUUGCUAUAUAUGCACAUGCUGGGCUACCCUGCUCACUUUGGACAGUUGGAGUGCCUCAAGCUUAUUGCCUCUCAAAAAUUCACAGACAAACGUAUUGGCUAUUUAGGGGCAAUGCUGCUGCUAGAUGAAAGGCAAGAUGUCCAUCUCCUCAUGACCAACUGUAUCAAGAACGAUCUUAAUCAUAGCACGCAAUUUGUACAGGGGCUAGCACUUUGUACCCUUGGCUGCAUGGGCUCCUCAGAGAUGUGCAGAGACCUUGCAGGAGAGGUAGAGAAACUCUUGAAAACCUCCAACUCUUACUUAAGAAAAAAGGCAGCACUGUGUGCUGUUCAUGUCAUCAGGAAGGUUCCUGAACUUAUGGAGAUGUUUUUACCAGCAACAAAAAAUUUAUUGAAUGAGAAGAACCAUGGUGUCCUUCACACAUCCGUAGUCCUCCUCACAGAAAUGUGUGAGCGAAGCCCAGACAUGCUUGCACAUUUUAGAAAGCUUGUGCCCCAACUAGUCCGAAUUCUAAAGAACCUCAUCAUGUCCGGAUAUUCACCAGAACAUGAUGUUUCUGGUAUCAGCGACCCCUUUUUGCAGGUACGAAUUUUGCGGUUAUUAAGAAUUUUAGGACGAAAUGAUGACGACUCAAGUGAAGCUAUGAAUGAUAUAUUAGCACAGGUUGCCACUAAUACAGAGACUAGUAAAAAUGUAGGAAAUGCUAUUCUUUAUGAAACAGUUUUGACUAUCAUGGAUAUUAAGUCAGAGAGUGGACUGCGAGUCCUAGCCAUAAAUAUCCUGGGUCGUUUCUUAUUGAACAAUGACAAAAAUAUUAGAUACGUAGCUCUCACGUCUUUGUUGAAAACCGUGCAGACAGAUCAUAAUGCCGUGCAGAGGCACAGAAGCACAAUUGUGGACUGUCUAAAAGAUUUGGAUGUUUCAAUAAAACGGCGUGCAAUGGAAUUGAGUUUCGCCCUGGUAAAUGGGAAUAAUGUCCGAGGCAUGAUGAAGGAAUUACUUUAUUUUCUGGAUUCGUGUGAGCCAGAGUUUAAAGCAGACUGUGCAUCUGGAAUCUUUCUUGCUGCAGAAAAGUAUGCACCUUCCAAACGGUGGCAUAUAGACACAAUUAUGCGUGUUUUAACAACGGCAGGAAGUUAUGUUCGUGAUGAUGCAGUCCCCAAUCUGAUCCAGUUAAUAACCAAUAGUGUGGAGAUUCAUGCCUAUACCGUCCAGCGCUUAUAUAAAGCAAUUCUGGGUGAUUAUUCUCAACAACCUUUGGUACAAGUAGCUGCAUGGUGUAUAGGUGAAUAUGGAGAUCUUCUUAUAUCUGGCCAGUGUGAAGAAGAAGAACCUAUACAGGUAACAGAGGAUGAAGUGUUGGAUAUUUUAGAAAGUGUCCUAAUCUCUAAUAUGUCCACCUCUGUAACACGAGGGUAUGCCCUCACUGCCAUUAUGAAGCUUUCUACUCGAUUCACCUGUACUGUAAACCGAAUUAAGAAAGUGGUUUCUAUCUAUGGAAGCAGCAUCGAUGUGGAACUCCAGCAGAGGGCAGUAGAAUAUAAUGCACUUUUUAAGAAAUAUGACCAUAUGAGGUCUGCCCUGCUUGAGAGAAUGCCAGUCAUGGAAAAAGUAACCACAAAUGGCCCUACUGAGAUUGUGCAGACAAAUGGCGAGACAGAACCAGCUCCACUGGAGACCAAACCACCACCCUCUGGGCCACAACCCAGCAGCCAGGCUAAUGAUUUAUUGGAUCUUUUGGGAGGAAAUGACAUAACACCUGUUAUUCCAACUGCACCUACAAGCAAACCUUCUGCUGGUGGAGAACUUCUUGACUUGCUGGGAGACAUCAGCCUUACAGGUGCUCCAGCUGUUGCUCCUGCCCCUGCCUCAGUCCCACAAAUAUCCCAGCCCCCCUUCUUGUUGGAUGGGCUUUCAUCACAGCCUCUCUUCAAUGACAUCACUUCAGGCAUCCCCUCCAUCACAGCAUACAGUAAGAAUGGCCUGAAGAUAGAAUUUACCUUUGAACGGUCAAACACCAACCCCAGUGUCACAGUGAUAACGAUACAGGCCUCCAACAGCACAGAGCUAGACAUGACGGACUUUGUUUUCCAGGCUGCAGUACCAAAGACAUUCCAGCUGCAGCUUCUGUCACCUAGCAGCAGCAUUGUCCCUGCAUUUAAUACAGGGACCAUCACACAAGUCAUUAAAGUUCUGAACCCUCAGAAGCAACAGCUCCGAAUGCGGAUCAAGCUCACAUAUAAUCACAAGGGCUCAGCCAUGCAAGAUCUAGCAGAGGUGAACAACUUUCCGCCUCAGUCCUGGCAAUGAAGGUCCAGCACCAAUUCUCAUUCUUACCCCACUCAAUCAAAGGGACUCUGGGAAGGAGGUUGUGAUCGCUGGCAAGUCCCCCCCAACUGUACCAUGGGCAUGAGGAGCCGAAGAGACUGUUGAGGAGGAUUUUCCUAAAGUUAUUGCUGACCUUGAAGCAUUGUUAAAGACUUAUCUCCUCUCCUCCACUGUUGAGGCCGGCUGCUUCUGGAGGCUACUUUGCACUCUUCUUCCUCUUCUCCUUUUCCACACUUCCCCACCCCUCAAAUUUACAGCCAGAAUCAACAUUCCCUGGGCCCCUGAGGAGAUGAGCAGCUGGUCUGGAGGAGAGGACUGGAAUUCAUGGCAAGAAAACACUCACUCUGUCUCUGCAGCAAAGAGUUGCCCCUUCUUUCUACUGUUGUUUCCCUGUGGACUGGGCGAAGUGGGGUAUUUAUUCCUCACUAGCUGGGUUACCAUCUUCAGGCGCUUUUUACAUCUGGCAUUCAGAAUGGAAAUGUAACAAUGGACAUUCAGGAGCCCUGCCUUUUUUUACUGGUUCCCCCAAUGUUUGAAAGAGGCAUUAGGCUCCUGGUAGCCUUUUCUGUGCAUUGUUGUAUACACACAGACACACACAUGUAUGUAUGUUUGUUAUCAAGAACUGGUCAGACCUUGAGAGGUUAUUUGUGAACACUGGACAGAUGCAGUAAAAAAGAGCUUUUGUUGAGAUUUGGCAUGAAGGAUAUGGUGCUCUAUUUGUAAUAGAAACUUCCAAGGCUCUUCCAGCUCCCCUUUCUCACCAUUCUUUAGCUGUAGUCACGAAUACUUUCCAUGAUUUUCAAAAUUUAUUCCCCUUAAAGUACAAAGUGGACAACUUCGAAAAGAUAAAUUAACAGUUAUUAAUGCCCCUAUUCCUACCACAAAUUAAAAAAUUUCUCCUAAGCCUGCUGAACUAUGGUAAAUGGGUGGAAAGUGGAGUUCACCAGUUUUAAAGAUCAGACUCCUUAACAAAAGUACCUUCGCCCAUAGGAAGAGUGAGUAUCAGACUCAACCUAGAGCAUACUGGAGUCAUCUUCUCCACUACACCAAACCUCCGUUUUUAUUUCCUGAGCCUGGCCUUGACCUUGGCAUUCCAUUUGAAUUCCUUCUUCUAACUGGAACAUUUGUGUUGUAUCUGUAACACUGGCACUGAAAUAAAGACCACACGGUUAAAGAAAUCUUUCCUAUAUUGUACUUUAUGAUGUUGGAAUGAGGCCUUGUAGCUUCCUUGCCCCCUAUGUCAGAGGAAGUCUUAUGGACACCAUAGGGUAGACAUAUCCUUUCCUGAGUCUGAGAAAUUGGUCUCUUAAGACAGACCAAUCUCAUGAACAUCUGCCCCAAAGACUUGAGGUCUGGAGCUUUUUAAACCAGUAGAAGUGCCGAGUGCAUCUUAGAAAGGAUCCUUGUGUCAUCAAACCUUAAAAUUGAGUUGCUGGAAUAAGGUAAAGAUGACUGUCCUGUGGCACAUGUUGAAUGUACUAUGCACAUUCAAGUAUACAGGCACCAUGUCUUAUAUACUAAAGAAGAAAGAAAAAGUGAGGUCCACCUUGCUCUUAAAAUAUUUGCAGCUAUUACUAUAUUAAGUACAGUAUAAUGACUUUGGCUUCAGUCUUAAACCUGAGUACAAAUACCCAUUUUUUCCUCCAUUCCACCAAGCCUUUACGUAAGAUCUUCAGUGUCUUGUCAAAUCCAGCUCUGUAUCAGAUGCUAGGCUGUUCUAAUAUUUGACAAACUGGAGUUGAACUGAAGGCUCCAAAGGGGAAACUUUCUGGUCUCACUGUAAGAGCAAGAUCUGCUAAAACUUACUCCACUGGGUAAAUGGUUGACUGAGUCCAGAACAGGAUAUUAUCCUCAUGCAUAGUUUUCAGUAAAGUGUGGACUAGUGUACAUUUAAGACAACUGCUUUGCCUGUGCAAUGAAAAAUAGCCUUUAAAGGUUUCUUUUCAGACUGAUUUCGUUGGAUGGAUACUUAAUGCUGUGAAACAUGAUAGAGUUAAUGUAGUAUUGGUGGAUUUCUUGAAUAGAAUUUUGUCUUAACAUUCCUCUUUGUGGUAGAGGCUUUAUUUUCUCUCAGUCUUUUCGGUUGAACUGAGUUGAAUCUCUGAAAUCUGAAGACCAUGCUAUAAGACAGUGCUGGCUAAUGGAGCUGGAUGGGAUCUGCUUUACUGACAGAGCAUCUCCUUGGUUGAUCGGAGUUUUGAGGUAGAAUUAUAUGAUCAUCCAUAGCUUUGUCUAGAAGGAAUAAAAUAUCAUGGCCUUAACACAAAGGGUGCUGCUUAGAACAUGAGUUGAUUUCAGACACUGAACCUGAGCACCAUACUGAAGGACUAGCAGCCAGAUAACUGCCUAGAAUACUGACGGUUGUGAAGACUGUUUAAAAUGAUUGGACCUUUGAAAGCUUCAGUGUGCCUUAGUUUCUAGGAUCAGAAUUAGUUCUCCUCUCACUUGGCCUUGCAGCUUAAAGGAGAAAUCUCUUAAUUGCUGUGAACACUUGCAUAUUUCAGUAAUUUCUUUCUUUAGUCUAAUCAUUCACAGGGCGAAAACAUGGAUACAGUUACAACUUCAAAGUCAUUAGGAGGAAAGGGUGAUUUUCAUGGCGAUUUUAGUAACCCAGGGUGAUAAGCAGUGAGCCUACGUACACACUUACUGCAACACGUUCAUAUGCACUUUUACCUCAUUGUUUCCUUCUUCCAGAGUAGUUUGUAUCCUAUUACCCCCAUACCACCCCACACCUUCGCAAUCCUAAAGGAGAAUUCAUCUAAGUAAUUUCAAAAAAACUGUAGGAAGGGUGCUCUCCCCUGGAGCUUCUCCCACAGUGCUCCGGUGCUGUUACCUUGAGGUGGUUUGCACAGUCAUGGAAUGUUUUAUGUUGUGUAUAGUGAUCAUCCGUUUAAAAAAAUAUUCCUCAAUGUUCUAUUUGGGCGGGGAUUCUUUCCUCUUGCUAGGUUAAAGUUGUGGUUCAUAUUCCUUGUUCCAUUUAUAUAUGAAAAGAGACUUUUAAAAUUGUUUAGCACUAACGAUUUGAACAUUUCCAUCUAUUACACAAUAUACUUUCCUUUUUUUGUCCUUUUAGAAGAGGUUGGAAGUUAGGGAGUACUGAUUUUAAGGUUCAACUUUGUAAUCUCAUACAUGGGAAAACAUUUGGGCCAUGAGAGCAAGGGGAAAGAAAGAGUUUGAAUGUGUAUAUUUUUCCGUGUGAACGUACUUUAACCCUGGUGUCCUAAACAGAGAGAGAUCUAGAGAGCAAAAAGAUGGAUAUUCAAGAAAUUUGUGGUUGGGAGAGGUUGCACAUGUCUGUAUACUCAUGAGUUUGGGAGUGGGGAGAAUCACUGAUGAGAGAAUUGCUCAGAAAGUCCUGAAGUUUAAAACGCUUUUGACCAGCUUUGGCUUGGGAAGGUGGGGCUGCUCCUAGAACUGGAUGUGAAUAACUCUUUGCAAGCAAUGCAGUAAGUAGGUUCCAUCUAUAGGUUCCAGGAUGUGGAACACAAACAGAAAAAAAAUGCUGAAGCAGCUUGCACAGCUGCUUCACAAACUUCUGCAAGGCCAAUCCUGGCUUCAAGAUGGAGCAUUCGAGGUUUAUUUUUGCUUGUUUCUUGUUCUUUUUUUUUUUUUUUUAAGAGCCUUCUGUUGAGCUGUGUGCGUGUGUGUGUGUGUGUGUUUUUCUUUUCUAUUUGGGGGCCUCAUGGGAAAGAGCUUCUGAGUUCUUCCUUCUGAACUCUCACUAUGUUCCCUUUAAGUUCCUUUUCUUUUAUGAUGUUGUAAGUUACAUUGAGCCCCAUCACAUCUUCUUUACUGUAAAAAUAUUAAAAGGCUGUUUCCAAGUGGGACGGCUAACGAAGUUCUAAUUAUUGCAGACAUAUUUUUGAGAUGUAAAAAAAAAUUUAAAUGAUAAGUCUUGGAGGCGAGUGAGGAAUAAAAUGGAUGUAAACAUUUACAUGGGAUGCAUUAGAAUUCUGCUGUGUGUAUUGUCUUUUGGUUGAAACAAAUUAUGAACAGUGACUAAUAAUAAAAAGUCAAUACUCAAUGAUUUAAAA